AUGUGGCGUCUAUUUCGGCCACGCGCAAGCACCGUCGCUGCUCGGGCGCUCGCGCCGACGGUUCCAGGUCAACAGACCAUCAUCGUACAGAGGGUCAAGGUCUCAAAACCCAGAUUCAGGGCUAGGACAUUUCUUCUCGGCGCAGGUAUCUCGCUGGCUUGCUGGCACAUGUACUGGUCGACUGUCCUGAACCCCUUCUUCCGACACAUAGACAGAGAAUAUGAGAGUCUUUCAGCGGCAGAAAAGAAAGCGCUAGAUGAAGAGAUGGAGGAGGAAGUAGAACCGUGGUUCAUUCCGUUCCCGUUUACGACCAAACAGGUGAACCAACCACCCUACAAGGGUACCGACCCGGAGUGGCGAGAAUACGUGAAGGUCAGCAAGGAUAGAGACCUUCAGAAUCGGAUGAGGGGUGACCUAGCUAACUGGGUGCGGAACGCCGUUGAGCGCAAUCCUACUAUCACAACGAGAUGCGGCAAUGUGGUAAAGCUACGGAGGUAUUGGCUGGACAUCGACUUCCCCUACCGUCCACCGCCAGUUUACUACUCUUCUGGACUUCUGAUGCAGGAUGACGGGCUGUACUGGUCAACCCAGCCUGUCGAUUCCCUGACAGUCAAUAGGCUGCGGAAGAUCCUUUGGCCAGAGGCGAUGACCGUCUCCUCGUGGGCGUUUGCGUCAGCGUUGGUGAAGCAGCACCUUAAUGAUGUGUCUCGAGCGCUUGGUUUUGAACCGAGCAGGCCAGCGCAGCCAUUCCCGCCAGCGCGGGGCGGCAACAUGCAACAAACCAAAACAGAGGGACCCCUUCCCUCGGCCAACCGACAGACUCCGGAUGGAACACCAGCAGAAAACGCCUCCCACGAUGUUAGCAAGACCUCCGACGCUAGGCAAUCUGGAGAGCCUGAAAGUGGCGGCAGAACCAACUUCGUUAGGGACACAGCCAUUUCCCACAUUGAGGGCAUGAAGCAGAUUACUGAUGGUCCUGCGAGGGAAUUCCGGAAAAAGCUGGCGCAGUCUUGGAAACCCACGAGAGCCUAUCCCCCGCGAGGCUGCAUUCUCGUUUCGGGAUUUGUCGAGAUCGAGCUGCCAAAGGGCUUUGUUGUGGUGGAUGUUUGGGGCCACUGGAACCCGAAGACGGAGAAGUUUGAGCCUCGGUCGACGUGGAUGAUGCUGAGGAGGAUCCAAAUGAAGCAACAGGCCCCUGCACGGGGCUGA